AUGGGAAAUAAUACAUGCUGUGCUCAAAGGCAACAACAAAUCAGAAUGGCUGAUGAAGAAACGACUGAUUCUGUACCAUCACUGAGGAAAAAUACAAGAAGGCCUAUUGAUAAAAUUGAAGAUUCAUGAUCAAUUGCUUCGAAAUCUAAUUAUUCAAAUAUUCUGUCUCCUAAGAGGCCAAAGAGAAAGCAAGAUACUUCAUCAAGAACUUUGAAUAUUCCAAGCUCAAAUAGAAAUCUUCGGAAAUUUAAGAAAGGAAAAUCAGGCAAAAGAAUGAAAAAUAUCAAUGGAACUUCUUCUAAAAAUAUCUGUACUAGCAAAUCUAAGACUUCUGAUUAUGGAGGUAACAAUAAGAGCUCUAAAAAUGCCUCUGAGCUUUAUAUUGACAAUGAGAUGACAAAAAUGUAUGCAGAAAAACGAGCCAGAAGAGUCUCAUUUAUGAAAGGAAUCGAAUAUAAGCCAAUUGCUUAUUCUGAAACUCCAAUUACUAAGGAAGAGACAAUUGGGGAAUACAGAGACAAGCUUAGAGGUGUUAAUUUCGACAAUUUCACCAAAUAUAAUAAGAAGAUGAGACUAACUCCUAAUUUCUAGCUAUCUUAGGUCCUAUUGUUAAUA